UCAGCACUGAGGAGGAGCCGCACCUUUAGGAAUGCCAAGAGGGUAAAAGUAUGUAGGUAGGGCCAUGAAAAACAGGCAUCGAUGAGACCUUCGGCUGUUACGAGCACAGAAUCCAGACCCAGGUGGACAGAUGCAGCCGCGCCCCUGCUCCGGGCAAGACAGCAAGAUGAGAUUUCUAUGGUGCCUGGCAUCAGGGAUCAAUUAUCUGCUCUUCCUGUUGUUGUCUAUCCUCUUAGCAGUCACCGGAACAAGAACCUCCACCAUUACACCAAUGCCCUCGGUAGUUACCAAUGGUAGUACAUCACAGGCUACUAAUACCACACUGGCACCAGCAGAUGCCACUUCUACCAAGAGCCCCUUGCCUGGCAUAACCGCACAACCAGUCAGCACAAUCAACAGUGCUACACCUACCUCUUCACCAUCCAACACCACAGCUGUGCCUACAAGAGAGGACAUCACAACUGUUAUACCAAUGGCCACCAAUGGCACCCACCCAUCAAGCACAAGUGGCAUCACUGCCCGGCCACUAGGCAACACUGCCCUGCCAAUGGACAACAACACCUCAGCUGCAUCAACUGGAACCAGUACCGUAGCAAGUAACUCUACAUCAGGCACAAGGCCAGAGAAUCAACGAUUGAAGUUCUGGGGAAUCAUUCUGAUCUCGUUAGCAGUGACGGCGACGGUUGUUGCCGGAUUCGUCGGGUGCUGCUAUUUUUUCAGAAAGAAUAAUUUCUAAGAUGUGCGCAUCCUAGCUCUUCUCCUCAGAUCUUCAGAUCAUCUUGUUCAAUAAUAUGUAACCUUGAAUGCAAAGACAAAAGAGUAUAGCAAGAAAAACUGCUGUUAUUCUUGACAACCAAGGUCCAUCAAGCUUGGGCUGAGGGUAACUUCCAGAGCAUCCUCCAACGGGACAUUGACAUUCUUGAACAAGCAUGGAAAGAAAGAAAGAAAGAAAGAAAGAAAGAAAGAAAGAAAGAAAGAAAGAAAGAAAGAAAGAAAGAAAGAAAGAAAGAAAGAAAGAAAGAAA